AUGAGCGGGAACCCGGACCACUUCGAGGGAGGGGUGCCGGUGUUCAGGCCGAGCUGGGAGGAGUUCCAGGACUUCUACAAGUACAUGUUCCUGAUCGACGAGUACGGGAUGAAGUCGGGCGUGGUGAAGAUUAUCCCACCGCGUGAGUGGGUCGAGCGCCUGGGCGAGCGGCCCGGGGUGGAACAGCUGCGGCGGAUCCACAUCCGGUCGCCCAUCCAGCAGCACGUGAGCGGAUCGAAGGGGGUGUUUGUAGUGCAGAACGUGGAGCGGCAGAAGAGCUACAACAUCAUCCAGUGGAAGGACCUGGCGCAGGACUACCAGCUGCCGGACAUGCGCGGGUACGGGGGCUCGCCCCCCCCCCCCGCCGCGGCGGGCGGUGCGCGGCCGCGGCCGUCGAACAUACGCACCAGGACACAGGACUCGUUCAGCGAUGAGGAUUUCCGCGAGUUCCAAGAACACUACAACGUGGAGGGGCUGGCGCAGUACGAUGACGAGAGCUUUCUGCGCGGCUUAGAGAACUACUACUGGAAGACGCUGAACUUCACGGAGCCCAUGUACGGGGCUGACACACUGGGGACUCUGUUUCCGGACAGCCUCCAUCAGUGGAAUGUGUCGCGGCUGCCAAACUUGCUGGACCACCUGGAGGAGAAGGUCCCGGGCGUGAACCAGUCGUAUCUUUAUGCCGGGCUAUGGAAGGCUUCAUUUGCGUGGCACCUAGAGGACCAGGAUCUGUACUCCAUCAAUUAUCUCCACUUUGGGGCUCCCAAACAGUGGUACUCCAUUCCGCAGGAAGACUCACACAAAUUCUUCAAAUUUAUGCAGGAACAGUUCCCCGAGGAGUCCGCACAGUGCCGCGAGUUCUUGAGGCACAAGAUGUUCAUGGUUAGUCCCAAGGUGCUGGAACGGAAUGGAAUUAGGUGUAACAGUAUCGUGCAUAGACAGCACGAAUUUAUGGUUACCUACCCAUACGGUUAUCACUCCGGGUUUAACUACGGAUACAAUCUUGCGGAGUCUGUGAAUUUCGCUCUAGAGUCGUGGUUGCCGAUAGGAGAGAAGGCCAAAAAGUGUAUGUGUGUCGAUGAUUCCGUUGGGAUUGACAUACAGAAACUGAAGUCGGCGUAUUUCCGCUCUUUGCAAGAGGAUCGUGCCGGCUCAGCCGACCCGGAACCACCUCGGAAGCGCCUGAAGCAGGAGCCGAAUACAUCUUCUUUUGUUCAAGCCCCGAUUUUAGAUACAGGCGACUCAUUGAAGUCCUUCAAUGAGCUGAUUAACCACUCAGCAUACGAAUUACAAGCCAUGGAAGAUAAUCCGAACCAGAGAUCUAUCAGAUCUACGACUCCAAAUCAAUAUUUUAGUAACCCGUCGAUAUCCCGGAUGUCAUCGCCGCUGCUUUCACGAAUGAUGGAUUUGUCGAAUAUCGUGGAGCCCACUUUGGAGGAUCCCACUCUGAAGUUCAAACGAAAGGUGGUGGCACAGGAUACAAGUAAUGCUAUGGCACCGAAUCCGGUUUCAGGUGUCGGUGCUCCAGUUACUAGCGUUUGCGUCGGACCGCCAGCUCUCAAUAACCUUCAUGAAGAAAGCGUGCUAGCGCUUUCCUUGGCUUCAAUGGCCAACAGUGGAAACUCUUCGCCAAGGAAUGCUUUACCGCCGCUAAAUAGUGCAGUCGGUAACUCCAGACCUUAUACUCCAACUGGUGACGCUAUUUUAGCGCCUAGACCAUCAUAUGACCAAAACCCCUUGUCCUAUUACUCAACACAAACCACCAAGUCGCCCAUGCCUCUAUUUAAGCGUAUCAAUUCGCCCAAUAGAGUUACUCUGAAUAUAUCUCGAGAAUCGUCGCGGUCGCCAAUUUCAUUCGGUUCCGAGUAUGGUAAGCCCCCGCUAUCUAAACCACAUCCGCUAAACGCGGGUGCGGUUAACUUGACAUCGUUGAAUCAGGUUUCUACGAUCGAAAGAAAUAUUCCAUCUCAUAGGGAUAGAUCCGCGAAGGCUUAUCAUGGUGACAAGGUGAAUAUACAUGGAGUCAGCUCAGGAAAGUUUGUAGGGCAUCAAAUCAAUGAUAGUCUGGCCUUGCUAAACGAUGAUGCGCUCACAAAUUCAGUACUACCUGGUGCGGGCAGACCUGAAAGAGCGACAUCGCCAACUUCGAAGAUAUCCGCUGAGGAGAUCAUCAUUUCCGACAAAGGGAAAGCCUACGUAUGCCAAGAGUGUCAAAGACAGUUUUCUUCAGGCCAUCAUUUGACGAGGCAUAAAAAAUCCGUUCAUUCUGGUGAGAAACCACAUUCGUGUCCAAAAUGCGGUAAGAAAUUCAAAAGACGAGAUCAUGUCCUACAGCAUUUGAAUAAAAAGAUACCUUGUGUUACGGAAAAACAUGAAGACCCCGCCACAGCAACUGCUUGA